AGUGGACAUCGGCAGCGUCCACGGUGUCCUCCUCCUCGCUCUCAGUACCGAGAAGUUUUCUCCGCUCAGCGAAGACGCUUCUGUUUGGAAACGAGUUUGGUGACUUUUCCAGGUCGGAGAUGACGGAAGUUACGCGGCAUGACAGAGUAAAAUCUGUGUGUGUGACUGCUGUGUUUCUGACACUCAGUCAGCGCUUCACGGAGUAUUUUUGUAGUUAUGCCACGCAGGCACCUAUGGUUUAGAAUUACAGUGUUCGUUUUUAAUCAUGGAUGUGGUUUUUAAGAAGCUGAGAACCUGGAAGCGCUCCUUGCGGGGCAGCGGCAGAGUUCUGGUGUUUGUCUUCGUGGCUUCUGUCCUCUGGCUGCUCUUUGACAUGGCCGCGCUGCGCGUGUCCAUCAACGACGCCAACACCAGCAUGCUGCGGGACCGAAUGAUCAUGGAGAGGGACAAGCUGAUGAGGCAAAGGGCCCGCAAGGGGACCCACCUGAUGGUGAAGGGCUUCGAACCCGCAAGAGGCCUGGCGGACGGCUUUGAUCCUCAAGAAGCCAAGAAACAGGAACAGCUGUUGAGGCUCAAUAAGCUCAGGGAUUUUGACCAGCAAGAACAUAAAUCUGCAGCUCCUGAAGAUGAUGGAGCUGUGGCUCCAAAGCAGGAUCCUCCUGCCAAAAAAGCUGUCAACCUGGAUGGGAAUGGACCCAAAGCUGAAGCCAAUAUUGGUAAAGUCGCGACCAAAGUGGUGCCUGUUGUUCAGGAAAACGGGCAAAACUCAAAGGACUCUCAAGGUGCUCAAGAUGUUCCACACAAUAUGGAUUCAAAGACGCACGAAACACAUAAUGUUAACAUCACAACAGCACAUGUGACAAUUUCCAACAAGAACAAGCAGGAGACAAAGUUUGUUGAAAGUGAUCCAGAUGCCGCUAAGGAACUCCCAAAACAUAGAGAAGAACUGAAGCUUCAAGUAGGAGAGGAGUCCAAGGACAUGUCAACUCAUGUCCGAAAGCCAAGUGUCCACAAAGUGCUUUCCUUGGAUGUGACUCGUUCUCCGAGAGACGUCAACGCAGUGGGACAGUUUGGGCAACCGGGAGUCCUUCCCAGUGACGCAGACGAACAGGUGAAGAAGAGAUGGGGCGAAGGACAUUUUAAUGUCUACCUCAGCGACCAGAUCCCGGUGGACCGAGCUAUUCCAGAUACCAGGCCUGAGAUGUGUGCACAGAGUCUGAUUCACGACGAUUUGCCGACCACCAGUGUGAUUUUCUGCUUCGUGGAUGAAGUGUGGUCCACGCUCCUCCGUUCUGUGCACAGUGUCCUCAACAGGUCGCCACCACACCUCAUCAAAGAGAUCAUUCUUGUAGAUGAUUUUAGCACCAAAGAGUAUCUGAAGGAGCCACUGGAUAGGUACAUGCUCCAGUUUCCCAAAGUGCGAAUCAUUCGCCUGAAGGAGCGCCAGGGCCUGAUCAGGGCCAGGAUGGCUGGAGCUGCUGCUGCCAAAGGUGAAGUCCUCACCUUCCUCGACUCCCACAUUGAAUGCAACGUGGGCUGGCUGGAGCCGAUGUUGGAGAGAAUCUACCAGAAUCGUAAGAAAGUGCCCUGUCCCACUAUUGAAGUCAUCAGUGAUAAGGACAUGAGUUACUUGAAAAUUGACAACUUCCAAAAAGGUGUUUUUGAUUGGUCUUUGAUGUUUCGCUGGCGACCAAUACCACAAGAAGUGAUUAAGAAGACUAACUUGAGUAUUUCAGAUCCACUAAGAUGCCCCGUGAUGGCUGGAGGUCUCUUCUCUAUAGAUAAGAACUAUUUCUUUGAACUUGGAGCUUAUGAUCCUGGACUGGAUGUGUGGGGUGGAGAGAACAUGGAGAUUUCAUUUAAGAUCUGGAUGUGCGGUGGAGAAAUCGAGAUUCUCCCGUGCUCUCGAGUGGGACAUAUUUACCGAGGACAGAAUCCCUACAAUUUCCCCAAGGACAAGUACAAAACGGUGGCGCGCAACCUGGCGCGGGUGGCUGAAGUGUGGCUCGAUGAGUACAAGGACCUUUUCUACGGUCAUGGCUACCUCCACCUGCUGGACAAAAAGGUGAAUGACAUCGGCGACCUCACUGUACAGAUUGAGCUGAGAAAGAAACUCCAGUGCAAAAGCUUCAAGUGGUACCUGGACAACGUGUACCCGGAUAUGGAGGCUCCCCUCGUCAAAGCUGAGGGCCUGAUGUUCAAUCUCGGCUUGAGAAAAUGUCUCAGUCUGCAGAACAGCUCCUUGGUGUUUGAGACGUGUGACCUGAGCAAGCAGGCGCAGCAGUUUAAUUACACCUGGACCAGGCUUGUUUGCCAAGGAGAUUUAUGCCUUGCUGCUCAUAAGAACUUGAGUUUGACACUACAGUUAUGCGACAACACAAAGCCAGAACUCCGCUGGUUUCACAAGUCCUCCAGCACCACACUGGUAGGCCACCUGUUGCCGGAGUUUGUGUCACGCCACGUGUGCCUGGAGGCAAGACCGCAGGGCGACACUGUUCACUUUCAACAGUGCGACUCCAACAAUUCCUUUCAAAAGUGGGAGUUUACACAGUACCACACUCAGUGACCACAGCGCUUUUAAGUGCUAAAUGUGCUGUAGUGGUCCAGUGUUGCAGACCGAACGGUCCGCCCCUAAAAAUCGGUCUGCCUGCCUUCACCGCGCAUGCGUCAUUUCGGACCACAGCAGCACGUCUGAGACGGCGUCUCUUCACCCAAAGCAAUCAAAUGGAUUAAUGGGAUUAUUAACCUUUUAGAUGAUAAAGGUAAAACCUCUUAAAUCAUUCUAAAGUCAGUUUUAAGCAGAAACUUGGCGAAACUCCAUGACGCUUCGAAAUGACCAACACGCAGUGAACGCAUCAGCUCGCAGAUCAUGUAGCUGCGGCGCUCUGAUCGCUUCCUCUGUCUUUUAUUCUGAAAUAACGCUGAAUUUAUGUGGAAAUGAUUGUUGAACAAAAGCUUC